CCCACCUUUGUGAGCACCUUGUGUCAUGGUAGAUCCCUUGUGCUCAGCGAGCUGGACUCUGCUCCCUGCGGAGCCACCAGCGCUAUCGGCGGAGCUGCUCCUCUGGUCCUGGUGGCACAUUAUCUGGAAAAUGUGAGAAUCCAUUGGCUGUAUUUUACGUUUUUGUAAGGUUACAAAACAUGAAAUAAGGCCCUAUGGACAUGGCUCUACAAAAGAUAGACCUAAUCUUGCAAGGCUAGAACUGGAAUUAUUUAAAUAUUGGAACUGCUGCUGGUUUGGUUGCAUCCUCCAACAUGACCAAUCCUCAGCCUACAAUUGAAGGUGGUGUUUCAGAAGUUGAGAUCAUUUCACAACAAGUAGAAGAAGAGACCAAAAGCAUUGCUCCUGUACAGCUUGUUAACUUUGCUUAUCGAGAUCUACCUUUGGCUGCACUUGAUCUGUCUGUGGCUGGGUCCCAGCUGUUGUCAAAUUUGGAUGAGGAGUACCAAAGAGAGGGAUCUAACUGGCUAAAGCCGUGCUGUGGGAGACGAGCAGCUGUGUGGCAGGUAUUUUUGCUCAGUGCAAGUCUCAACAGUUUCCUGGUAGCCUGUGUAGUAUUGGUGGUGAUUCUUCUGACUCUGGAACUCCUAAUAGAUAUAAAGCUUCUCCAGUUUUCAAGUGCUUCACAGUUUGCAGGAGUAAUUCACUGGAUCAGCCUAGUCAUCCUCUCUGUUUUCUUUUCAGAGACUAUUUUGAGGAUUGUGGUCCUUGGCAUAUGGGAUUACAUUGAAAACAAAAUAGAGGUGUUUGAUGGUGCUGUCAUAAUCUUGUCCUUGGCACCAAUGGUGGCCUCAACGGUGGCCAAUGGCCCCAGCAGCCCCUGGGAUGCUAUCAGCCUAAUUAUCACCCUGCGGAUAUGGAGAGUGAAGAGGAUCAUUGACGCGUAUGUCCUUCCAGUGAAAGUGGAGAUGGAGAUGAUGAUUCAGCAAUACGAGAAGGCAAAGGUUAUUCAAGAUGAGCAGCUGGAAAGACUAACCCAGAUCUGCCAAGAACAAGGGUUUGAAAUCAGGCAGCUGAGGGCCCACCUUGCUCAGCAGGACCUGGACCUCGCUGCAGAGAGAGAGGCUGCGCUGCAGGUCCCGCACGUGCUGAACAAACAGAGCAGCAAGAGGUACAAGGUGGUGGCGACGGACGAUUCGGACGACGAAGCCACCGAGAACAUCACGGAGCUGCGACCUCCCCGAGGUGCCUCUUUCAGGCUUUGUGGUUCUCUGUGCACUGACCAUCCAGGCAGGAAUCAAAGGAAGCAAACCUUAAGCAACACUUAUAUAAAUGUGUGUGCAGUUAGUGAAGUUUGGCUCUUGCAUUCCAUAUUCACCAAAUGGGUGGGGGGGACUGUGUGCUAUAGUGUGUGUCGCCCGUGCCUUUGUGCACACAGCUCUAGGUGUAGUGUAUUACAGGUAUAUACCCAGCUCUGUAGGCACUACCUGUGCAUGUCCUGCCCUCGUGCUGAGCGUGUGUGUGCUCUGUUCCCUGCAGACAGCGGUGUCCCUGAGGCCGCCAUCUGCGUGGUCACCACGGCCGCCAUCGACGUGCACCGGCCCAACAUCUCCUCGGAGCUGUUCACGGUGGAGGUGCCGCUGCGCCUGGGCAGCACCGGCACCUCGGCCAGCAUCACGUCGGGCAGCGCCUCGCGCUCCACCGUCAGCUCGGGCACCCAGGCCUGCAGCGAGAGCAGCCACACGCUGGGCUCCUCCCCGGACUGCAGCACGGCCUGCGAGGAGCCCGCCCAGGCGGCCCCGGCGCCCGCCCGGCAGCGGGUGCCCCACGCCGUGGUGCAGGAGCUGCUCUCGUCCCUGUCGGAAGAGGCCUGUCUGGCGCAGAAGGGGCUGGAUCCCGUCAACCUGAAGCUGCCCAGCCCCGCGGGCUCGGUGGGGGCCAGCCCUGACCUGGGCCACCGGCUCAGCGUCUACAACCGCAGGAACCAGGAGAGCCUCGACGUCUUCCAGCUCAAGCCACUCAUCGACUGCCCACCGGGUGCCCCGAUGAUUGAGGAGAAAUACGGAGCGCUGGGGCCCCCAGAGCCACGGCUGGGCAGGGUUCCUGAGGCAUAGGGACAGCCUGGGCAAUGGGGACUCGUGCGAGGACACGCUCACCGCGCUGGGUCACCGCACUGGGUCACGAGCAGCCUCGGGUGACGCGGCAGCGCUGAAGGCAACCUGUGGCAUCUCCUGCAAUGGCCAUCAGGGCGAGGCCACUGUCUGUGGGGCAUGACCCACCUGCCCUGCCACCAGCUCUGGGCCAACUGGGACCUACGGUGACUGUCUGGGUACAAAGGACCUUCCAGCAGACUCGGGCCCACAUGGACCCACAGUGCCUGGUGGGGACAGACUGUGCCUGGGAACACCCCGGAACUUCCACCAGUCCAGGGCCAGCACAGCCCCACAGCGCCCGAGGGCAGGACAGAGCUGCUGGACAGCUUGGGCCCAGCCUGGCCCCCCAGCUGACCCUACCCAGGCUGAGCUGGGAGGGGGGUGGAGAUGGGAAUAAAUACUGACAAAGCCA